AUGACGAACGAAGAUAUCAUCGUAUGCUCCUGCAAUUGCUCCUCCCCCACUUGCUGUGAUCCAGCACCAAGAAACGUCUUUGAAGACUUCUUCGGAUCAAACGCUAUCAUCGCAACUGUCUCGACCCGCUCUAAUCUCAUCGUGGAAUACAACUUCUGUGCCUACGGAGCAAGCCAGCGCAAGUGCAUGGAUGACUUUGAGAGCAUGGGAUACAUGACAGCACUCCCUACCGUUGAUACCAGCAAGACAUGCGAAAAGGAGCGUGAAUGUUGCUGCUGCAUCGUCAGCACAAGCAAAGGCGCUGCUCCACAAAAGGUGGUCUGCGAAUGGAACGGACCUGGUCAGCAUGAGCAGAAACAUGAAGAGAAGAAGAUCUGCCUCGUCGGUCAGUCUGGUCUGGCCCCCGUCCGCAGGCCAAGCAUCCCCGGAGUGAGGAGGAUCAGGUGGGGUAGCUGGGGCGACUUGGUUCUAGACUUUGAGAUUUGA